GGACGAGCCCAGGAGAAUAUUUUUUUUCUAGUUUUAUAUCGUGUUAUUUCAGUGUUUCUUACCGAUAAUAUGUAUCCUUUUCUGAAUAUUAAUAAUAUUUGUUUUAUAUACCCGCUAAUAGUAUAUUUUUCAACUUGAAAUAUUAAAGUCGAUGACUAGAUUAUCGAUUACUUUGUUGCGAUUUACGAUAUCGAAGAUAUUCAACAUGGCGCUCGCAUGGAACCCGUCGAAGAAACACACUGACCGUGAGAGGUGGGUUUGUAUUUAUCCAGUUUAUAUAAACAGCAAAAGAACGCUGGCAAGUGGCCGGAAACUGGCGAAGGAUAAAUGCGUGGAGAACCCGACGCAUCAGGAGAUCCGAGACGUUCUAGUAGCAGCUGGAUGCAAUGUUGGCGUAGAAAACAAGUUACAUCCGAGAGAACGUAGCAAAGAAUUGUUGUACCGAGGUCGCAUUCGUGUUCAGUUGAGAAAUGACGAUGGAACUCCUGUGAAACCAGAAUUCCCAACUAGGGACUCUCUAUUGGUAUAUCUAGGCACUACUAUUCCAAAGCUAAAAACUCGUCAAGGUAAACAGUCGAUGGGUGAACAAUCCUCCCAGCCGUCGAGCUCUUCGUCUAAAAAGGGUAAGGGCAAAGGGAGGAGGUAAUGUUGGGGAACAGUGCAAUAAAGUUGAUAAACGCUUCUCACUUAUCUGCACUUUAAUGUUGAAAUGGGAAUUAUUCUCAUGUACAGAAAGAAAUUACGUUACAUUUUGUACAAAGUUCUUAAUAAACAGAUAUAAACCAAGUACCGUUCUCUUGCAUAGUUUAUUAGUCAAUCCAAUUGUCGAAUGUUUAACACAAUCCCAUCGGCUGUUUAGAACUAUUACAAAAAUGUAUCGCGUAAAGACAAGUUCUACUUUAUAGUUCGAACGGAUCAAAGAGUACAUCGUUCACCUUUAUAUAAGAAAAUAUACGACUGUAAGAUUUACCGAAAAUUUUGUACUCGUUCCUGGCAUUUUAAUUAACGAUCUUCAUUCUCGUCUACUACUCGUCGUCCUGCUCGGUCACAUCUGUGUCCUUAUCUUCGGUACGAACGGAAUCUACGUUUUCCUCUGUGUUUAAACCAUGCGGUACAAAUUUCACGAUGUAUCCGGUGGGUUGUAAAUGUGGGAAGUAGUCAGAAUGAACAAGAUGCGUCAGUGGAGUCUAAAAAUGAUGCACGAUGAAAUAUCUAUAAAUCUUUAAUAUUAUCCAAUGACUAAAUAAUAAAUACUUUGCCGUUGAAGUCUGCGGGGUAUGUAGGAUAUGCGCCAAGCACGGGUGCGUCUUCCCCGUUUGUGUUCAUUAAGUCACUCCCAGCAUCGUUAUUAUUUUCAUGUAUCUGAAAUAGAAGAAGGUGAAAAUUGUUCAUUGAGAAUUUGAGGCAAAAAUAUUUGUUGCAUCGAGAAGCAUAAGAAAGCAGAGAUUCGUAUCGCUAACUGGUAAUACUUACCGGAAUAGCACUUCCAAGAAGCGAUCCUUCUCCGGGUUGACUUAGAUUUGGUAGCAAAGCAUUAUUCAGUUGAGCGUGUGCCUGAAGCAAGCUAUGCAUUGGCGUAACAGCGGCUCUAACAAGUGCUUCGGGAAUGGCGUGCAACCUAUCAAUAUGGGGAUGGAAACGAGGAUGUAAAACUGAACGAAGUAAACUACCGCUAGCAGGAAUAUGAUGAUAGCCAUCGAAUAGUGGCGGUGGAAGCUGAUGGAGCAGAGAAUUAACUCUGCCGAGGAAAGGUCUAUGUAUAUGAGGACGACGGACUAAAUGAUGUACCGCAGGAAUGUAUGGAAGAGCAACGUGAUAAUCGGGUAUAUUUGCAUCGGCACUAUCCGUAUUGUCAUUGUUUUCGGACAGGUCGGUGUCAUCUUUGUUGACUGGAUUACCUAAUCCGACUACGUCGUUUCCCUCAUUCUUUGACUCGCAAUUGGCUGACCUAACAAAGUGAGAAUGACCUUUCAGCGGUCCUCCUGUAAGGAAAUAAUUUGCAACUUGAUGGGCGUCACCUAAGAGUUAAUCAAAUAAUGUAACAAGAUGCGACAAUUAAUAUACUGGUGUGUUAGUAUAUUAUGCUUCUAUCUCACCCACUCUUAGAUGUUUUUUGGAUUCGAGAACACUUCGCGUAAUACGAUCUUCAUUUGCCAAAUCGUCGGCAUUGCCAAUUUCAUUCAAUUUUAUUAAUUCUCUUUGAGAGCGAACUGUUUGGAAUUUAUACAUAUAAAAUAAUUAUCGAUCCACUAAGAUAUAUAUAUUGAACUAUUUUUUAAAAGAAACUUAUGCUAGAUUUAUUUACCUUUAUCAUCGCCAUUGGAGAGCACGGGAUCUAAUAGAAUAGAUGCUAGCUUGUCGCUAUUAUCAGAUUUUGUACAAGAAAUACGAGUGUACGGUUUGAUAAAAUAUAAUAUUAGAAUUGUGCACACGAAUCGAGGUCGUUUCAUACUUGCACCUAACAAUGGAUUUUUAAAGAAUUAACACCAACGAUAAUUCCCUCCACGGUGAUUACAUGAAACUGGUGUCGCGCAUAAUUUCGCCUGAAAUUAUAUGGACUCUGCAGAGGAAAUUCUGCUGACAAUUUAUAAAUAUGUAUUGUUCAUUUCCCAUAAUAUAAGUGUUUAUAACGGGAGUGUAAACACGUGUUGUAACCUGCUCUUUUCUUCGAUUGGGUCAUUGUUUAAUUUAAAUAAAGAAUAAAUUAUUAUUCGCUUUAGAAACGUA